AAUAAUUAUAGUAAUAACAAUAACAAUAAUAAUAUGAAUAAAUACACUUAUCAUUCUAAUAGUGAUAGUGAAAGUGAUGAUAAUAUAAAAGAUAGACAUCACAGGGGUAACUAUAGAGAUAAAGAAAGAAAUAAAAGUAAAGAAAGAGACAAUGAUAGACAUGACAAUUUUGGAAGCAGAAAUAAUAACAAUAACCCUGAUGAUGCACAGUUAGAAAAUGAUGAUUAUCAUAGCAACAACCAAACUGUUUUUGUAGGAAAUUUACCAAAAGAUGUAACUUUUAAAGAUAUAGAAAAUAUAUUUAGGGACCAUGUAAAAAAAAUAGGUAAAAUUGAUAUUAAAAACGGAUAUGCCUUUGUAGUUGUAAAUAAAGAAGAUUCAGAUAGAUGUGUAAAGGAGUUAGAUGGUAAAGAAUUUUUUAAAAAACAAUUAACUAUACAAUUGGCAAAAGGUGAAUGUAAAAAAGAAGGUAACAAACCUAGAAGACCCUGCCCUGCAAUUUUUAUUGUAAAUUAUAAUGUUUUAAAAACUACAAUUAACUUAAUCAUUAAACUUUGCCAACCACAUGGUGUUAUUAAUAGAAUUCAAAUGGUUAAGAACUAUUGCUUUGUAGAAUUUAGCUCAACAAUUGAAGCAACCAAAGCUUUAAAUUAUCUAAAUUAUAAAAUUGUUGAUGGUCACACCCUUACAGUUGAAUAUGUUUGUGGAGUAUUUCCAGAUAAAGGUGGUCUUAGCUAUGUUAGACCCAGAUCAAAUUCAAGAUCAAGAUCACCACCAAACCACAGAGAUAGAAAUGACAGAGACAACGAUAGAAAUGGAAACGAUAAAUAUAGGGGUAGAGAAGGGGAUAGGGAUAGAGAUAGGGAUAGAGACAGAGGUAGAGAUAGAAAUAGGGUUAGAGACCGAUAUCAUAGAACCAAUAGAUCAAGAUCAAGAGAUAAUAAUUAUAAAAAAGAACAAAACUAUUAUAAUAAUAACAAAUAUCGCAGCACUAAUGGCACAGAUAAUAAUAACCACAGUCAUAAUAUCAAUAACAAUAAUAUAAAUAAUAGUAUUAACAAGGAGGAAAAAAAAAGAAGCAGAAGCAGAUCAAAUAGUGAUUCAAGAAGCAGAUCAAGAAGUAUUAAUAGCGACCAAAGUGAUAGGGGCAGAAAUAAAAGAAAUAGUAGAUCAAGAUCAAGAAGUUUAAGUAAUGGUAAAAGAAAAUAUAACACCGAUAGAUCAAACUCCAGAUCAAACUCUAGAUCAAACUCAAGAUCAAGAAAUAAUAUCUGUAAUAACAAUAAUAAUAACAACUAUAAUAACAAUUAUAAUAAUAACAACUAUAAUAACAAUUACAAUAGUAAUAACAAUUAUAAUAAUAAUUAUAAUAAAAACAAUAUUUAUAAUAGAUCAAAAUCACCACCAAAGAAAAGAGAAAGAAUUGAUUUAUUCUAAAUAAAAGAAUUAUUUAAAU